AUGAAUCGUUAUCGAAAUGCCCCCGGCAUGAGGGGCCCUACAAAGGCGACAGCUUCUACCCUCUGCCAGAAAUGCUUGAAACGAGAUAUGUAUAUUCUGACCUACUAUUUACGUCACUAUAGUUAUGAAUGCAAGGCCACCGCUCAAGAGCGACCCUAUAUGGCUCGUCCGUCCCGCACUCAACAACUACAAAACCCAAAACUACUCCCGCAGCUUACGACGGAUGUCACAGAAGAUGCCAAGCGCACGGAGGGUACUGCAGACGCUCUACUAGCGCAACGUGAGCAAGAACGCGGCCGUAAAAGAGAUCUUGAUGAAUUAGACCCUCCGGACAACCAUGGUCAGGCUUCAAAGCGGACGCGUUCAAUAUCAACACAUUCUGCGAGCUCCGUGUCUACGAUCUCUACAAAUCGCUCACACUCACCGUCGCCUCGACGUGAACGGUACGGCGAGAGAAGUGGAGAAACGGGGUCGAAAUCACGAGAGCCCCAGUCGUGGUCAAGAAAGAGGCGACAUAGCAAUUCAUCUUCUGGAUACUCGGCUUCGUCGAAUUCAUCCAGAGAGAGAUCGCACACACGUUCCCCGGGAAGAAACAUUCGGCGAAGGCGUCGCGAAUCGAGUCCGAAGGAACGAGGUCGGACUCGCGGCCUUUCGCGUGAUGGAAGUCGCAGAGAGAGAAGUCGCAGUCGUGACAUGAGUAAAAGCCGAGGCACAAGGGGGAGACGGUCUAUGAAUGGGGAGACCGACCUCGACCAAGGUUAUGCAAAGCAGUCAUCUUCGAUGAACCAACCCAACACAUACCACCAUGAACGAAGACCAGAUGAGAGGAAUCGUGCCCCGCCACUACGGCGCGAGCGAAGUCUCAGUCCCUAUAGCAAACGAAUUGCUUUGACUCAAGCCAUGAAUAUGGGCCGCUAA